AUGAAUCACAACGAGGAAGCUGGGAUGUCUCUUGAGGAUGCCUCGAGUAUCUCUGAUCCCUUCGAGCGCCGUCGUCUAGCUUUGGCCAGGAUUGACAACGCCCCUUUCGGUUGGCACCAUGUUCGUGCUGUUGUUGUUGCCGGCGUGGGUUUCUUUACAGACUCCUACGACAUCUUUGCCAUUAAUCUGACUGUCUCCAUGAUUGGUGCUGUCUACUGGCAGGAUGCAAAGACCAGCCCAGGCAAGCUCCCCAUCAACUCGGAUACCGCCAUCAAGGUUGCAACCUCUGGUGGAACUGUCAUCGGCCAGCUCUUCUUCGGCUGGCUUGCGGACCGCAUUGGUCGUAAGCGCAUGUACGGAAUCGAGUUGAUGAUCAUCAUCAUGGCUACUCUCGCCCAGGCUCUCUCUUCCAGCUCUCGCGCAAUCCCUAUUACAGGUCUUCUUAUCUUCUGGCGUGUCAUCAUGGGCAUUGGCAUCGGCGGUGAUUACCCCCUCUCGUCUAUCAUCACCUCGGAGUUCGCAUCCACCAAAUGGCGCGGUGCGAUGAUGGGCUCCGUUUUUGCUAUGCAGGGGAUUGGUCAGUUUGUCGCAGCAAUAAUGGCACUCAUUGUGACUGUGGGUUUCCGCAAGUCUCUGGAGAGCGCCAAGGAUGUGGCCCACUGCUCCGGUGUUUGCCAGCUUGCAGUUGACAAGAUGUGGCGUAUUGUGAUCGGUUUUGGAGCAGUGCCUGCUUGUGCCGCUCUGUACUACCGCUUGACCAUUCCUGAGACCCCUCGCUACACAUUCGACGUCAACCGCGACAUUGUCAAGGCCGACGAGGACAUCAGCGCCUACAUCAAGGGCCACCCUGAGGGCCACCCCGAUGACAUCCAGCGCAUCAUGAUCCUUCGCAAUAAGAGCAUUGAGUAUCUCGCCCCCAAGGCCAGCUGGAAAGACUUUGUCAAUUACUACAGCAAAUGGAAACAUGGAAAGGUUCUUCUCGGCACUGCUGGUUCCUGGUUUUUCCUCGAUGUUGCUUUCUACGGCCUUGGUCUCAACAACUCCAUUAUCUUGAGUGCAAUCGGCUGGACUGGUGGAAUGAAUGUGUACGAGACCUUCUACCGCAACGCCGUUGGAAAUCUUAUCUUGAUCUGCGCUGGUGCCAUCCCUGGUUACUGGGUCACAGUUGCUGCUGUUGAUACCAUCGGCCGCAAGCCGAUCCAACUAGCCGGAUUCAUCAUUUUGACCCUUCUGUUCAUCAUCAUCGGUUUUGCCUUCGAGCCUCUGAAAAAAUCCCACAACAGUCUUUUGGCAAUGUACAUCCUGGCCCAGUUCUUCUUCAACUUCGGGCCCAACGCGACUACGUUUAUUGUCCCCGGCGAGUGUUUCCCAACUCGCUACCGCUCGACCUCGCACGGUAUCAGUGCAGCGUCCGGAAAGGUCGGUGCCAUCAUCGCUCAGUGCGUGUUCGGCCCCCUGGUUCACCGCGGUGGAAAGAAGGACAGCUCCGACUCGCCCUGGCUCAACCAUGUGAUGCAGAUCUUCGCUCUGUUCAUGCUAUGCGGUGUCUUCACCACCCUGUUGAUACCCGAGACGAAGCGCAAGACCCUAGAGGAGCUCAGUGGUGAGAAAUUUCACAAUAGUCCUUCCGUUGAGAUGAACACGACCAACCCGGACGAGCUGGAAGACUACACUCGCCCCAAGGACCCCACCCUGACCUCCAUCCAAGGCAGUGACACACAGGGCAACGGUGCUUACGCUCAUUCACAGAGUAACGUCAACUGA